AUGAUUUUACCAAAGCAGUAUCGUUGCACACACUCUCCUACCUGCCAAUGCACAAGAGGCCAUCUAAACAAAGACGUGCUGUUAUUAGUCUUCAAGCAUUUAAACUGGAACCCUAAACUAGUCGCAACACUCUCCUGCGUCUGCAAAUGGUUUGAUGAUUUCGCCAAACGUGUACUCUGGAAAGAGUUCUGCAAGACACGUGCGCCAAGAAUGAUGCUUGAUCUACAAUCUAGCGGUAGUCACUGCAUAGACGGUAACUGGAGAGCUCUAGGGAAGCUUCUCAUUUACUGCACAGGAUGCACAGAAGGCGGUCUUUUCAACAGCACGGUUCAAAUCCCUGGCCACUUUGUUUACAGAACAAGAUUCUCGAGGACGUUAGGGAGAAGCCUCCUUCCACCUCAGUGUAGAACCGAUGUGCUCUACGUUAGUGAUCCAUGUGAGCAUCUUGAUCAAGGAGAAGAAGGUGAUGUGGGUCUGUUCCGAGGGAUUUUCAAGUCGUUCCCAACGUCUAAAGUCAGGAAAGUUAUUAUUAACAAGGCGGUUCCGUUUCAUCCAUCUGAGGUUUGUCCGUAUUGUAAAGCUAAAAUGUGGAGCAUGCUCCAAGCUAAGAUCAUGCCUCAGAGUGCAUGCGCUCGUUUGGAAGCUUAUGAGGAUUGCAUUGAGUAUUUUGUUUGUCUUAAUGGUCAUUUGCUUGGGAUAUGUACUCUGGCGCCUUUGUCUGAUUCAGAGGAGGCGGUUCCAAGUGAAGAUAGCAAUCACACAGAGAAGAAACAAGACAAUUGCUUGGCUAAAGAAAAUGGAUUGAAAAGGAGACAUUCUUUGUUGGGUGGAAGUGAGAAUGGACCAUCGCCUCAAAAACGACUGACUAGUUCAAAUCAGUGUAACAUUGAUUGA